AUGGGCUUCCAGAGGCGGUCAGGCCCUCUGCUGACAGGCCUGUCGGUGGGGCUACUGCUGUUCUUCAGCUGGAUGAUGCGUGCUCAGCCGGCCUCCCUCUCAGCUUUGGCCCACCACCCCCACCUGUGCCAGACCACCUGGGAUGCUGAUGGGCGUCACUACCCGGGUUUCUUCUGCCCUCGUCUCUCUGACACCCCGGAGGAAGCCUACUGCUGCCACCUGCAGGCUGCAGGGGGCUUCUGCUGCACUCAGGCUGAAUUUGAGGCAUUGAACCAGGUCAAUCUGUCUGCCCUCCGGCCUCCUCCCAUCUUCAGGGGUCCGGGCCCGCUCCUAGCGCUGAGCCUUUACAGCCUGCUGCUCGUGGCCCUGAUGACGGCAGACCUUGUGCAUUUCUGCCGCGUUCGGGGUCGGGGCCGGGACCGAUGCAGAGACCUGGGCUCCAGCAGCCACCGGCGUCCCUCUAGGUCCUCCACCGCGCGCCCCCUGCAGGUCUCGGCGGGAACAGACUAA